CUUCCAGUGUUGCCUGCGUCAUUGCUGUGCGCCCGGCAACAUGGCGGCUGUAGAAGACGAAGAUGGUGGUCAGAUUCCUCCUGAUGUUCAGUCCAUUGACCGCGGCGGCGGCGGCUUUAGGUGCCUCCUGUGCGGCGUUAACAUACCGAACCGUCCAAGCCUCAAUGAUCACCUGCAGGGACGACGUCACAAGAGACUGUGUGAGGAGCGAGACAAGCGCCAGCAGCAGCAGGAACGUAGUGUGUUUGUCAGCGGCUUUUCUAAAGACAUUUCCGAGGAUCAAAUUAAAGAGGUCUUUGAAAAAAUAUUUCCUGUAAAGAAUAUUGUGAUGGACAAAGAUCGGGGUCUUUAUGCUAUUGUGGAGUUUGAAAGUCAAGACGGGGUUUGCCGAGCACUUUCGGAGACUGUCAUCACACUAGAAGGUCAUCGCUUGAAAGUGAAACCACGUGAAAAGAAGGAGUUCAAGAAUAAGAAAGGAGGUACCCACCGAAAUCUGCAACCUCCUGAUCCAGAAAAUCUAAGCAAGCAACUGAUACGCUGUACUGAUGUAGAAGAUCAAAUGAAAAACAUUGUCUCACUCUGCUCUCCAUCUCAUCAUGAGAGCCGCCUGCGGGAACUGCUGCUUUCUCUCCUUCGAGAAACAUUUACGGAGUUCUUCCCAGGUUGUCAGCUUCUCCCUUUUGGUUCCUCUGUAAAUGGCUUUGAAAUCAGUGGGUGUGACUUGGAUUUACAUUUGGAGCUUGGUGAGAAUGACAGCAAUGAAAAAGACGACCUGAACAUAGAAAAUGAGAAAAUGGAAGCGAAGCUGGAGAGUAUAGACAAGGAUUUAAGUAGAGAACAUGUUGUACAAGAAAACGAACUGGAGGAAGAACCCUCUCCUAAGAAAGAUGGGGAAGAACUGGUAAUGCAAGUUACAGAAGCGGAUGAGAAUGAUGACGAUGAGAAUAUCACACCUGGCCUUUCACUGCUAGGACUUUCCCAAGAGGAGAUCCUUGAAGUUGUUGGCAGAGUCCUAAGGCAGUGUGUUCCUGGCGUACAUGGGGUUCAGAGCGUCCCCUCUGCACGACGGCCUGUUAUACGUUUUCAGCACAAGACUUCAGGCUUGAGAGGAGAUAUCACCCUAAACAACAGGCUUGCCUUGCGUAACUCCUCAUACCUGCGCCUUUGUUCUGAUUUAGACCCUCGGGUUCCACAGCUUGUGUACACAGUGCGAUACUGGGCCCGGGUGCAUCAGCUUGCAGGUAACCCACUCGGGGGCGGACCGCUGCUGAAUAAUUAUGCUUUGACACUAAUGGUUAUUUUCUUCCUACAAACAAGGAGCCCCCCGGUAAUUCAGAGUCUCAGCCGUAUGAGGGAGAUUGCUUUGGAUGAUGCCUCGCAUGUGAUUGAUGGCUGGGACUGUUCUUUCAUCUCUGAUAGCACUCAAUUCCCCGCUACUGAAAACCAGCAGAGCCUUAGCUCUCUACUUUCAGAAUUUUUUUGUUAUUUUUCUUCCCUUGACUUGCAUUCACAUAUUCUCUGCCCCCAUGAUGGUCUUCUUGCCUCCAUCCCUGUUUCCUCACCUAUCUGGGCUGAAGGAUUCCGCGUGGGCUCCCUUAACGUUCAGGAUCCUUUUGAAUUGAAUCAUAAUGUCUGCAGUAAUGUUAGCUCACGGAUAGCCCGCCGCUUCUCCAUUCAAUGCUCUGCUGCUGCCAAGGCUUGCCGCACUCCUUUAUACCAACUACGAUCAUCAUCUCGUCCCUGGGGCAUUAUCUUAUUAAUACAGUCCUCAACCUCUGAAGGGGAAAAGGCUGAAGGGGCAGACAUUUCUAUAUCUACUGGAAAGGCUUCAGUGGAGGAUGUAUUUUUAGCUGUGAAGACUGUUUUGGUAGAGGUGUUACUAUGCAGCUGUAAACAGGAUAGUGAGAAGGAUGGUUCUAGUGUGAAAAGCCGUGAAGAAAGUGACCAGGACGUGCCCUGUGUGGGGGAGCUCUUCAUAGACGAUAAAGGUUCAGCGAUAAAAGAGGAUAAUAUGAGCGAAGAUAGAUUAAAAAAUGAGAGAAAACGGGAGAACCCCGAAGAAAUACAGAGCUCCAGCCCGAAAAGGAGGAGGCUAGAGGAUGAUGGGAGUGAUUGUGUGAAUGAUCAACAAAAUAACCUUUCUGAGAAAAAUCUCAGUAAAAAGGAGAAUUCAUCUAAAACACCCAAAAGCCCUAAAGAAGGUGUGCUGUCCAUGAAGAUCGAUGUCUGGCAUCAUGUCUGGGAGGGAAGACGCAAGAUGCGGAGGAGCAUGCAAGGGAAGGUGGUCCAGGGCAUACAACUAGAGACUGCAGUGUCACAGGCCUUGUCUGCCGGCACAAUAGAGGGUGGCAGUCCAUUAAUGCAGAUGACGGUAACCGCUCAGCUGGGCCCUGAGGGAAAUGCUCGACUGCAUCUCUCCCCAGAUUCUGAUGACUAUGACUGCAGUGCUGUCUUCUUCCACUUUUUAAAGAUAUUUCUACCUCGAAUGGUGGAAGAGGUUCUUACAGGUAAAGACUGAAUUUGGUUCAGAAAUAUUAGUUCCAAUGCGGUGUGUGCCAUUACGACAGCCCUGUAGCUGCCCAAUAGGCAGUGUAAUAUGGGCAGGAUUCCACCACAUUAGCGAAGAAGAAAGUAAGGAUCCAUCUGACCUUUUUCUUUUUGGAGGAAGAACAAGUUCCUCCCCCUGAAGAUGAGGUUUGUGCUGACCAUAGCAGCAAGAGAGGCUUGUGUUUUAUUAUAGGGCCCCUCUACACGUUAGGAAGGUUUAUCAUUCUGCUAUAUCUGCAAUGUAAAUAGGGUUUUAUAUGUAUACCUAUAUUCAGUUGUUUCAACUGUGUUUGGCAAGACAUGGAAAAGAAAAAUGUUGCUUCUGA